AUGCCGAAAGUAUUGAUAUUCGGCACCGGCAGUCUCGGGACUUGCUAUGCCUGGGCCUUAUCAAAUGCGGUCAGACAGGACAAUGUCACCGCAAUAUGCCGGUCUAAUUACGAGUUCGCUUCCCGGAACGGCUUCACGAUCCACUCGAACCUGUGGGGCAAUAACCUCCAUUUCCAACCCCGCAUCGCGAGGUCCGUUGCCGAAGCCGUGCAGCAGUUGGCUUUGGAUGCGCAACAGUUCUUCGACUUCGUGGUUGUCGCUGCCAAGGCCGUGCCUACUGACCCUUCGAUAGCGGAAUUGAUUGGCCCCGCGAUCGCGAAGGGUAAGACGGCUAUUGUGUUGUUGCAAAAUGGUAUUGGGAUCGAGGACGAGUAUGCGCAACUCUACCCGGAUAACCCGCUGUUGAGCACCGUCGCAUACUUCCCGGCUACCCAAAUCUCGCCUGGUGUUGUGCACCACAAGGAAGUCGAGACGCUGCAUGUGGGCACAUUUCCAGCUACCGCUCCCACGAAACACAAGGAGGUAGCGCUGGAGUUCGUAGAGCUUCUUGGGAAAGGGGGUGCCACGGCUAAGUUACACGACGAUAUCCAGCGCAAGCGCUGGGGCAAGUUGCUCGUCAAUAGUUCUUGGAAUCCCAUAUGCGCGCUUACUCGGUUGAAGGACCGAGAAUUCAUCGAAGUGAGCUUGAGUUUGGACUUGGGCGCAGAAGAUAAAUGGGGUGAUGGCGUGCGCUUUGUAAAAGACGUCAUGUUGGAGAUUGCGUCUGUAGCACAGGCCUACGGAUACAGCGAUGUGAAUGAAGAGAUGGUGGAUUUUCAGAUCGGACGUGCUGUUGUACGCGAUCUGCCUGGAGUACAGCCGUCUAUGCUGGGAGAUGCGUUUGAUAGCAAGAGUAUGGAGGUUGAUGCUAUCGUGGGCAAUGUGGUGAGACUUGCGAGAAAGAAGGGAGUGGCUGUGCCGAUGCUGAGAACGAUUUAUCUCCUGGCUAAUGGACUGAGUGAGAGCUUUUCUCGCAAGAAACUGCAGUCUUAG